AUGGCUUUCACGUACGAACGCAUCGACAAGAACAACGCCGUCUUGCUGGUCGUCGAUCACCAGGAGGGCCUCUACCAGCUUGUGCGCGACCGCUCACCUGUCGAUGUUAAGAGCAGCAUCCUCGCCCACGCCGCACUAGGCAAGAUCUUCGGGCUUCCGACCGUUCUCACGACCAGCACAGAGACGGGACCCAACGGACCGCUCCCCGCCGAGAUCAUCGCCAUGCAUCCCGACGCGCCCUACAUCAAGCGUCAAGGGGAGGUUAACGCCUGGGACAACGCCGACUUCCGCGCGGCGGUCGAGGCGACGGGCAAGAAGCAGGUCAUCCUCGCAGGAAUCACCACCGACGUCUGCACGGCGUUCCUCGCGCUCUCGCUCGUCGAGGCGGGCUACACCGUAUUCGCGAACAGCGACGCGUCGGGCACGUUCGACGUGAAGACGGCGACCGAGGCGAACCAGCGCAUGCGCAAGGCGGGCGUGCAGGUGCUGUCGAUGUUCGCGGUCGCUCUGGAGCUUAUGAGGGACUGGCGGAACACCCCCGGCACGAAGGAGAUGAUGCCGUUUUUUGAUACGUACUUGCCGGAGUACGGUUUCCUCGCACGCGCGCAUGACGCGGCGUUGGCCAAUGGCACGUCAUCUGGUCUGUGA